UCUUUUUUAUGUAUGCUUUUGAAGCUUGAAUCAAAACCGUCUAUAUUUUUCUUUGAAAUUUUAGUGUAAGCUUGAAAAAUAUUUUGCCUCCCCCAAACAAAUAUCUUGAUUCUGCCACUGUCUCCAUAAAUAUAUAAGCGUAUUUUUGUAUUUAUAUACACUCAUAUUCUUUUUUUAAUUUGUUUCUUUGUCAACUCUUGUCUCUAUAUAUACAUCUACACGCACAUAGCUUUAGCUACUAUAUCCCUGAUCACCAUUCUCUCUCUUUUCAACUGGUUCAAAAAACCUGAAUUAGCAGCUGUUUAUGGAUAAAGGCGAAAUUAUUGAGGGUAAGGUGGAUUGGAAGGGCAGACCAGCUAUUAAGGGAAAACAUGGAGGAAUGUUUUUCGCAAUGCUAUCACUAUGCACGGCUGGUUUUGAAAACAUGGCGACCGUAGCACUCGUAUCGAACUUAGUGACUUACUUGACUCAGGUGAUGCACUUUGGCAUAUCUGAUGCGGCCAAUCAGGUAACAAACUUCUUGGGUACGGGUUACAUUCUCUCCAUUCCCAUAGCCGCCCUCGCCGACAUGUACCUCGGACGCCCCAAAUCUGUACUCUUAUCGGCUUGUUUUGAGAUUGUGGGACUUGGAUUGCUAGCAAUACAAGCUCACUCCAACAAUCUCAAGCCUCCUCUUUGCAACUUAUACGAUCCAACUGCACAUUGCAUCAAAGUUGGAGGUGGCCAAGCCGGACUUCUCUUUCUGGGACUCUACUUGGUGGCGACCGGGAGUGCCGGAAUAAAAGCCACAGUGCCGCCACAUGGUUCCGAUCAGCUUGAGGAAAAAGAUCCUAAAGAGGCAAGGCAAAUGGCUAGCUUCUUCAACUGGUACUUAUUCGUCGGAGGAGUUGGCACUGCAGCUAGUUUAACGCUCGUAGUGUGGAUCCAAGACAACAAGGGUUGGGAUUUGGGAUUUGGGACCUCGACCUUCGCAAUGAUCGCGGGUGCCCUCUUGUUUAUCUUAGGAUUGCCUCGAUACAGGAUUCAUAUUAUUCAAAAAGUUAAUCCCCUCAUUGAGAUCUUACAGGUAUAUGUAGUUGCUUUUCGCAACAGAAAUCUUAAACUCCCUGAGGAUCCUGAAGAGUUGUAUGAAAUCAAUAGAGACAUGGAAGCUGCACCAGAAACAGAGUUCUUACCCCAUAGAGAUAUUUACAAGUUCCUUGACAAAGCAGCCAUCCAAACAACUCCAAUCACCCAACAAAGAACCCCAAAUCCGUGGAAACUUUGCAGGGUAACACAAGUCGAAAAUGCAAAGAUUAUCCUUGGUGUGCUUCCAAUAUUUUGUUGUGCAAUUAUUAUGACCGUUUGCCUAGCUCAACUCCAAACUUUCUCCAUCGAACAAGCCGUAACAAUGGACACGAGGAUUACCAAACAUUUUCACAUACCCCCAGCUUCCCUCGGUAUCAUCCCUAUCAUAUUCAUCAUCGGACUUGUCCCAAUUUACGAUCGUAUUGUCGUACCCUUUCUCCGUAGGAUCACGGGCCACCCCUUCGGCAUCACUCACCUCCAACGCAUUGGCAUCGGUAUAGUCCUCAAUAGUCUGUCUAUGGCAGUUGCCGGAAUCGUUGAAGUGAAGCGGAAAGAGGUUGCGCGAAAGCACAACAUGGUCGACGCAAUUCCACUGAUCCAACCGUUGCCCAUCAGCGUCUUUUGGCUAUCGUUUCAGUACUUCAUUGCCGUCGUGGCUGACGUAUUUUCAUACGUUGGCCUCCUUGAGUUUUACUACUCACAAGUACCAAGAGGCAUUAAAUCCCUCUCCACUUGCUUCCUUUGGUUCUCCUUUGCACUUGGGUAUUACUUGAGCUCCGUCAUUGUUAAUAUAGUGAAUAGUGCAACUAAGGGAAUAACUAGUAGCAGAGGUUGGUUGGCAGGAAACAACCUUAAUACGAACCACUUGAAUCUUUUCUAUUGGCUUCUGUCUAUAUUGAGCUUUCUCGAUUUCCUUGUGUAUUUGUUCUUGGCUCAGAGGUACAAGUACAGGCCAAUAGCGCAGAGAGGUACAAGCACUAGUAAGGUUUCGAAUGAGGAUAACAAGGAGAGAGAAGACAUUGAAGUUCACAUGGGAGAAGUCAUUGAAUGACACAGAAUUUAAUAAAGCGGUUCAAACUGGCUUACUCAUGGGAUGUCCUAACACGUUACAAAAUUUCGCUUUAGACAAUGAAUUUUCUAUCAUUUGACCUUGUACCAUUAAAGGCUCUCUCUCCAUUCAAGAUAGUAUGGAUGUUUAUAUUGUUUGUGUUACAUAUGUAAUUGCAAUAGUAUCUCUUUUGUUUGUUGC